GGGCCGAGCUUGUGGCCAGCGGGCACCCUCCUCCCCCCCCCCCACCGGCAGGGGCUGGGCCAAGAUAUAAAUAGGGUUGGCGGCUGCAGCGGGCGGCAAACAGCCCGCCCGGCACCACCAUGCUCGCCCUGGAGGCUGCACAGCUCGACGGGCCACACUUCAGCUGUCUGUACCCAGAUGGCGUCUUCUAUGACCUGGACAGCUGCAAGCAUUCUAGCUACCCUGACUCAGAGGGGGCUCCUGACUCCCUGUGGGACUGGACUGUGGCCCCACCUGUCCCAGCCGCCCCCUAUGAAGCCUUCGACCCGGCAGCAGCCGCUUUUAGCCACUCCCAGGCUGCCCAGCUCUGCUACGAACCCCCUACCUACAGCCCUGCAGGGAACCUCGAACUGGCCCCCGGCCUGGAGGCCCCGGGGCCUGGCCUCCCUGCAUACCCCACGGAGAACUUCGCCAGCCAGACCCUGGUUCCCCCGGCAUAUGCCCCGUACCCCAGCCCCGUGCUAUCAGAGGAGGAAGACUUACCGUUGGACAGCCCUGCCCUGGAGGUCUCGGACAGCGAGUCGGAUGACACCCUCGUGGCUGGCCCCGAGGGGAAGGGAUCCGAGGCAGGGACCCGCAAGAAGCUGCGCCUGUACCAGUUUCUGCUGGGGCUACUGACGCGCGGGGACAUGCGUGAGUGCGUGUGGUGGGUGGAGCCAGGCGCCGGCGUCUUCCAGUUCUCCUCCAAGCACAAGGAGCUCCUGGCGCGCCGCUGGGGCCAGCAGAAGGGGAACCGCAAGCGCAUGACCUACCAGAAGCUGGCGCGCGCCCUCCGAAACUACGCCAAGACCGGCGAGAUCCGCAAGGUCAAGCGCAAGCUCACCUACCAGUUCGACAGCGCGCUGCUGCCUGCAGCCCGCCGGGCCUGAGCACACCCGAGGCUCCCACCUGCGGAGCCGCUGGGGGACCUCACGUCCCAGCCAGGAUCCCCCUGGAAGAAAAAGGGCAUCCCCACACUCUAGGUGAUAGGACUUACGCAUCCCCACCUUUUGGGGUAAGGGGAGUGCUGUCCUGCCAUAAUCCCCAAGCCCAGCCGCGGCCUGUCUGGGAUUCCCCACUUGUGCCUGGGGUCCCUCUGGGAUUCCUUUGUCAUGUACAGACUCCCCGGGAUCCUCAUGUUUUGGGUGACAGGACCUAUGGACCACUAUACUCGGGGAGGCAGGGUAGCAGUUCUAGAGUCCCAAGAGCUUCUCUGGGAUUUUCUUGUGAUAUCUGAUUCCCCAGUGAGGCCUGGGACCUUUUUAAGAUCGCUGUGUGUCUGUAAACCCUCAACUUCAUCUGGGGUGGGGGCUCUGCUGGCAACACUGAGUCCUGUCCAGGGGUCCCUCUUGGCAGAUCUGAGAUCUCCUAAUUAUGUCUGGGGCCCUCUGGGAGCUCAUCUCAGACCUCUUUGCCCAUCUAUGGCUGUGUUGUCACAUCUGUCCCCUCAUCUUUGAGAUCCCCCAAUUCUCUGGAACCAUUCUGCUGCCCUUUUUAUGUGUCUGGAGUUCCCCAAUCACAUCUAGGGCUCCUCCAAGAUCCUUUUGUCAUGUCUGAAAUCACUCUUGAGAGGUCUGGGGUGGGGGAUGGGGAGUCAGUGAAAUGUGUCAUGUCUGGGCCCUGUCAGGGAUACCCUUGUCAUAUCUGGGAUCCUCCAAUCACAUCUGAGACCUCCUAGGCUCUCCAUCUGAUAUGCCCUUUCAGGGACCCCACAAAGACUGAGUUCUCAUGGGGACCCUACCCUUCCUAGUAGCACUCCCUAUGGCCAUGCUGAAGACCACUCUGGCCACGCAACUGAUUUUGGGUGAUCAUGGCAGCUCCCACCCAUGUCAUUUCUAACCAGAAGUCUCAAGGUCGUCACCCCCCUGCCCCCUAACCCAGGCCUCGGUCCCUGGUGGUGGUCUCUUUAGUUCACUGUAGCACUUGGUGGUGGAGGUGUGAGGGAUCCACACCUUAACAGCAGACCAUCAGCUGCGCAACGGCUCACACCUGUAAUCCCAGCACUUUGGGAGGCAAGGCAGGGGGAUGGCUUGAACCCAGGCGUUCAAGACCAGCCUGGGCAACAUAAUGAGACCUCAUCUCUACAAAACGUAAAAAAAAAGUAGCCGAACAUAGGGGUGAACACCUGUGGUCCCAGCUGCUUAGGAGGCUGGGGUGGGAGGAUCUCUUGAGCCCAGGAAGUAGAGGCUGUAGUGAGCUGUAAUCGUGCCACUGCACUCCAGCCUGGGCGACAGAGCGAGACACUGUCUUAAAAACAAAAACAAGGCCGGGCACGGUGGCUCAUGCCUGUUAUCCCAGCACUUUGGGAGGCCGAGGCGGGCGGAUCGCGAAGUCGAGAGAUCGAGACCAUCCUGGCUAACACGGUGAAACCGUCUCUACCAAAAAUACAAAAAUUAGCUGGGCGAGGUGGCAGGUGCCUUUAGUCCCAGCUACUCGGGAGGCUGAGGCAAGAGAAUCGCUUGAACCCAGGAGGCGGAGGUUGCAGUGAGCCGAGAUCGCGCCACUGCACUCCAGCCUGGGUGACAGAGCGAGACUCCGUCUGAAAAUAAAAACAACAAAAACAGCAGACCGCCGGGCGCGGUGGCUCACGCUUGUAAUCCCAGCACUUUGGGAGGCCAAGGCGGGCGGAUCACUAGGUCAGGAGAUCGAGACCACGGUGAAACCCCGUUUCUACUAAAAAUACAAAAAAUUAGCCGGGCAUGGUGGCGGGCGCCUGUAGUCCCAGCUACUCGGAGAGGCUGAGGCAGGAGAAUGGCGUGAACCCGGGAGGCGGAGCUUGCAGUGAGCCGAGACUGCGCCACUGCACUCCAGCCUGGGCGACAGAGCAAGACUCCGUCUCAAAACAAACAAACAAACAAAAAAAACCAGUAGACCAUUCAAAAUAGGGAGACUUUGCAUAAUCCAGAUUUCUACCUUCACUUAAAACUUUGGACGAUCUGGAGAGAGUGGGCCAGUUUUCGGUGGGGGGUGGGGAGCUGGAACAGGACAGUAGCCUUUCCUAAUGAGGCAUUUGUUCUCCAAUUUGCCCCAGUCACUGCCAUCCCUGGCUAUCUUACCCUAGCAGCUUCUCAAGCCUGUUGGCUUUAGACCACUGUAUAAACCCAGCUGGAACUGAAGCCUGGGUGGACUAUGGAGCACUGGUUGGGACCCCCAGGGAGUCAAAGGUUGCGGGCCAAGAGGCCAGAGGUCCUUGAGCCUGGGUGGGCAGGUGGAUCUAGGGUGAAUGACUUGCUGCUUCCCAACCUUAGUUUGUCCCUUCUGUGAAAAAGGGAGAGAAGGAGGAGGAAGAUCUCAAAAAGACUUUCUGGCCCAGUGCGGUGGCUCACGCCUGUAAUCCCAGCACUUUGGGAGGCCGAUGCAGGUGGAUCACCUGAGGUAGGAGUUCAAGACCAGCCUGACCAACAUAGUGAAGCCCCGUCUCUACUAAAAAUACAAAAUUAUCUGUGCGUGGUGAUGCAUGGCUGUACUCCCAGCUACUUGGGAGGCUGAGGCAGGAGACUCGCUUGAACCUGGGAGGCGGAGGUUGCAGUGAGCUGAGAUCGCGCCCUGCACUCCAGCCUGGGCGACAAGAGCGAAACUCCGUCUCAAAAAGAAAACUGUUGCAGCCCUGUUGAGCCUUUGACACCGCCUGAAAUCCACCCCACUCCCAGGAGGAGGAGGAGGAAGGAAUACCAAUGACCUAGAGACACUUGAAGUCCAUGUGGAGGCACACAGCAGCUGGUGGCAGAGCCCGGGCUGGGACCUGCCCUCAAGAGAAUGAGUGGGAAGGGGGAGGGAGGAAGGGCAGGUAAAACGUCCUCCCCAGGGCCCUCUGCGACGAAGAAGGUACUUUUUACAAAAGCUAUCAUUGUCACCCUAAAUGUGGAAUAAAAUAAGAUGCAUCGAGGUA